AUGCGCAGAACACCCGCCGGACGCCGUCGGUACUGCGCAUGCACCGGAAGCCGAAGAGAGAAGAGACAGACCGGAGGAAAGCCCCUGCACCAUGCUGAUAUCCAGGGAAGCUUCAGUUUACCCAGAAGACUGAUGCAGGUAAGCCAGGCACUAAUCAGAAUCAUGUAAACUGUAAGAAUAACCUCCAGAAUAUUAAACAAAAUGAAACCAAAAGAAAAUUUAUCAGAAAUAAGCACUUACCCUAGCUUCUCCCAAUAACUGACCUCAGAUCAGGGGGGUUAGAUGCUAUAAGGGGGAUUUUUAAGGCAACAGCCGACCCCACAUCCAAAUUGAAACUUUUUCUCCCAUAAUAGUACAGAUGCUAAUCUGUACUAAACUCAGUUAGUCCUGCCCAUGCAGGCUGUUUACUGAGUUCUUCAGAUGAAGAGAGGCUGAACUUCAUCUGGAGGCCCAUGGUACACAUGGGAAGGUGGCCCAAAAUAAAAUAUCCUGUGUGUCCUGAAAGGACAGGAAAAAAAAGACUGUGGGAUAGAAGGAGGAGGGACCUUUUAUACCCAGUCUGGUCCGUAUUAAUUGAUUUUAUCCUGUCCUGUUCCUGAUUAGGGCGGAGCUACCCAUAAGUGAUGCUGCCAUGAUUAGCCAGGAAAUUUACAUUUAUGUGUGUAAUUUCUCUUUUCUUUGACAUUCUUUAUUUUUGUGUGCCAGAUAAAAUAUAUAAUGUUACAUAUGUCCUGUCUGAAAUGUCAAAAGUACAAUAUUGAGCAGGUAAGGCAUGUCAGAAAUUGUAGAGGGUUUGGUUCUCUUUCUAAUAAAGACCAUUCUAUUUAUUUAUGACUAUUUUUCCCAUAAUAUUCCUCACCCUCAUAUAGAUUCCAACGCUAGCAGUUUUCACUCACUUUGGUUCUGUGCUUUUUUCUUUUGGUUUUGAUUUAAGUACAUUUCUGCCAAGGGUUAUCACCUACCUUUAGGCUCUGGGUCUAAUCCUCUUAAGACCUAUUAGCCUAACUUGUUUAAUUCUUCUACUGGUCACUUAACCUAUCUGUGGUUUUAAUUUUGUGGCUGAUACUUGUAAGUGUAGUGCUGUGCUAAACAUAAUUUAUAAAUUGUAUCAAAUAUGUAUAACUUUUCCAUCUCUAUUGCUAUGUUCUAGACUCAAUGUGACUCCAACUCCACAUAUAAUGAAGAAAACCUGGUCCAUCUUGUGGCAGACUUAUUUAUGACUGGGACAGAAACAGUGGCAACUACACUACGAUGGGCACUUCUCUAUAUGGUGGCAUUCCCAGAUAUUCAGGGUGAGGACAGUGGGUGCAAUUCAUAUCUUCUGGUUUGCAAAGGGCCAUUCCACUAAGAUAUUCCAGACAAAUUGUAUGCAGUUGAUUAGUCAUAAGAACAACAUCUAUGCCACAAAUACAUUACAUGAUGCAAUAGCUCUUUUUUGUAGAGGUAAGGUAUUUUUCUAAUUAAAAACAGGAAUUAUUUCAAAAUUCUAAAAGGUCAAUCAGGACUCACUAUAUUACUUUUCUCAGACAGACACACAAUGAGACAGUUAGUUUUGGAAAUGUAUUCUCAUUUCAAGGAAAGUGAGGGGUUCGAUAAAUUGUGCUGUAUCUUUCCAAAGUAAUACAUAUGCUUCUGUGCAGGUAAGGUACAGGAAGAAUUAGACGCUAUUCUUGAAGGGUCACACAUGAUUAAUUAUGAGGACCGAAAGCGAUUGCCAUACACCAAUGCUGUGAUUCAUGAGAUUCAGCGCUUUGGAAACAUUGUCUCCGUUGGAGUUGUGAGAAAGUGCAUGGCAGACAUAAGGCUACAUGGCUUCAAGGUGUCCAAGGUGAAUUACAUCCAGACUGAUUAAACCUAUCAUAUUGCAAGCAAUCAGAAGACAGAACAUACAAAAUAAAUAAUCAAGGGUCAACAUUUCCACUCACCAAUGGCAAUUAGUAAGUGAAAAUGUAGCCCUGGCAUGUAGCAAUUCACCUCUAGUGAAUAUGCCAUGGACCUUCCAGGGUUGUAGUUGCAAGUUACUUUUAAAAUCUGGCUAGUGGUAUAUGACUGUAAAUUUCCUGCACUGAUAUAAUAUCAUAAUAACAAUUAUAUAGUUACGUAAUAAUAGAAAGGACAGUGAAAUUUGUAGGAACUAAAACACAAAUUUCUAUAUCAACACAUAUUUUAGGGUAGUAAAUAUAUAGUGUAUUUUCCUUUUUUGCAAUAGGGUGUGUAUAGGCACACCCGAUACACUCUUACACAAACCUCUGUCUCUAUUUUAAGCAAGAAUAUGCAAAUUUAUAGAUGGAAUUUUAGAUGAAGAAAAAGAAGAAGACAACAAUAUCAGGAAAAACCUAAUACGUGGUCAUAAAUAUGGUCAGAGAGGUAAUAGUAUCAAUAGUGACAUUGCAACACUGUUAUCUGUCAUAAAUCUCUUAAUCACACCUCAUAUGUAGAUAUUUUUUUAAAGCAGACAACCCAGGGUAGUCAAUAUGGGGAAUGUCCAGUCUUUUUUAGAUGCCACAAACACUGGCCAAAGUUAGCAUUUAUAUUUGCUUGUGUGUUAAAAAUGCAAAAAACUAUUAUGAACACUAACAUUGGCCAGUGUUUGUGACUAAGUGGCUACUAAAAAAGACUGAACAUAUCCCAUUUGCAAUACCUUGGGUUGUCUUCUUUUGCAAAUGGUAUGCCAUAAUGGGGGUAAUUUUAUUCCCUGGGCUACCAUACGCUCUCAAUGGCAACAUAACCAAUAGACAUGUUCAAUUUGUUUCGGUCCGAAUCUAAAUUCGGACAAAUUUUGGGCAGUUCGGACAUUCGGAUGCUUCCGAAUGUCCAAAGUGCCGAAUUGCCAAAGUCCCGAAUUUCGGAAGUAUCGAACCAAACUUAAUUGCCGAAGUCCCGAAUUGCGGAAGUUGUCAGGAUUACUAGUUGAUCCAACAUGCAGAAUUAUAUCACACCUAGGACUAAGGAUAACGUAUAACUGGACCUUGGAAUGGCCGGACUUAACGUAUCCAAGAAUAGUCAGAAUCCUUGCCGAGGUCAGGGGUACAGAACGAGACACAACGAUGAGGGAAAGCCAAAGUCAAAUACCAGAAAUAAUACGAUCAGGAACACUCUCUCGGAUAACCACGACAGGGCAGUGAUCAAAAGGUAAUUUGGGUUUAAAUAACCCUCCUAAAGCGGUAAUUGGCUGUAUGUGACCUCUGACCCCAAAACGUGCGUGCAUGUCUAUGACGUGACAUCGCACACACGUGAGCACUACCUUUGAUAUGGGCAAAGACUAUUUCCUUAUUAAAAAUGGAACCGGGGGCGGGGCUUAACCUUUUAAAACUCCAUACACAUUGUCUUACCCAGUGGUAUUUGUGGCCUAUGGCUUCUGUAUUUUUGUCCCAACCCAGCGGCAUAAAAGCAUGGUGCUGCUUUCUGACCCAUACACUUAUACAAGUGGCAACCUUGACAAGCAGCCACAUGGCUUGCAACCUAACAUUAAGGCCCAUACCUACCCAACAGGCUUCCCAUGUUACUAUAUGUGUAAAUUACCUGAACGAUUAACCGUUUAUAUACAAUCCCAAGCUAACAUAUAAUUCAGAAGCUGGUUAUACCUGUGAAGCAUGCUCUUAUUAUUUUAUUAUAAUACAAUUCUUUUUUUUUUUUUUUUCAAGCUAACCUAUAAUUCAGAAGCUGGUUAUACCUGUGAAGCAUGCUCUUAUUAUAAUACCAUUCUUUUUGUAUUUAUUUUUUUAAAUACCAAAAAUGCCAGUUUAUAUACCUGUUUCAUACCACUCUUACCUGCUUAUCUUCUGCAGAGACCUACAUUACACUGUUUUUACUUGUUUAAAAUUGUGCAGUUCAAUCCUAUAUCAUGAUACUGAAUGCCUUGAUUUGCUUGUUACUGCCAUCGUAGCACUGCAGGCCUGUUUGUAAACAUUUUUGCACAAAAAAAAAAAGAAUAAUAAAAAAAAAAAAAACGGAACCGCAGCGGGCUGGUGUCUCUGUUAAUGCCGCACACACGCCGGGGACCGGGAAGGAAGGAGGUCGGGGUUUGAUUUGCUAAGAUAAGUAUUUGUAAUUUCUGUCGAUGUGACCGCUGUGUUUCAGUGCAGCCACGUCGACAGAAACCCAUAGCACCAUGACAGAAGUGCUGAAUCUCGGAAGUACCGAAAUGCUUUGAAUUUCUGAACAGUGUCAAAAAAAGAAAUAGAGGGAAAAUUAUGUGAAUGAUGACAGGGUUAGGGGUAGAGGUAGGGUUAGGGUAAGCUUAAGAUUAGUGUAGGGUUAGGUUAGGGUUAGGGCAGGGUUAGGAGUAGGGUUGGAUUACUGUAGGAUUGGCUUAGGGUUAUGGUAGGGUUUGCUUAGGGUUAGUGUAGGGGUAGGGGUAGUGUUUGGGUUAGGGUAGGGUUAAGGUUGGGUUAGAGUUGGGUUAGGGGUAGGGUUAUGGUUGGGUUAUGGUUAGUUGAAAACAAGAGUAAGAAGUUCCGUCCAACGGCCAAUAUUAAAAUAAGAAAUAAAAAGUAACUUUUAAUAUGGUCGUUUUAAAAUGCAAGUAAAGUCAAACUAGCUUAACAGUGUAACCUAAAGUACAGUGAACACACAGGAUGAGGAAGGGGAUAAUUGUACACAGGGUAAAGGUGGGGAAAUAUAUACACAGGCUAUAACGGCUGGUAAUAUCUCUAAGUGAAUGUUAAGGGUUUGGCAAAACAGGAACUCUAAUGUCUUUCCACAGCGAAGAAAGCUAACAGCUGAUAGAGAUAUCAAUUACAGUGUUGCAAAUGCUUCCCUGAUAUAGUCACUUAGGGACAAAGUAUCAAAGUUACCCAUGAGGUGUAGGGAACCUGAAAGUGUCUGUAUAGUAUAUAACUGUAGUGAGGUCACUAAAGGUAUACACAGUAAUUAAGUAAGAUACAGUAUCCCUACAUGUGGGAGAGAACAGCUGAGAUUUAUAUUAGCAGGAAAUAAUGACAAGAGAUGCCAAUUGAACCCAAAGAUAUGAUGAGCCUUAGUAGCUAGUGGAGAGAUAAAUAAACUGGCUAGAUGAGCAAGUCUGUGCCUUCAAGGGAACCUAAUAGAGAAAAGAUAAACGGCUACACUAGUUAAAGGACCACUAUAGUGCCAGGAAAACAUACUCGUUUUCCUGGCACUAUAGUGCCCUGAGGGUGCCCCCACCCUCAGGGACCCCCUUCCGCCCGGCUCCGGAUGGGGGAAAGGAGUAAAAACUUACCUUUUUCCAGCGCUGGACGGAGAGCUCUCCUCCUCCGAUCCUCCUCCAUUCCGCCCCGUCGGCUGAAUGCGCACGCGCGGCAUGAGCUGCGCGCGCAUUCAGCCGGUCGCAUAGGAAAUCACAGUGAGAGCACGCAAGCGCCUCUAGUGGCUGUCAAUGAGACAGCCACUAGAGGCUUUGGGGGAAGGCUUAACCCAUUAAUAAACAUAGCAGUUUCUCUGAAACUGCUAUGUUUAUAAAAAAAAAAAUGGGUUAACCCUAGAAGGACCUGGCACCCAGACCACUUCAUUAAGCUGAAGUGGUCUGGGUGCCUAGAGUGGUCCUUUAAGAUGCAGACUCUAACGUACAAAUAUUAGUCCAGUCUAUGGUUUAGUGGCAUAAUAUAGAGUAUAUAGGAAAGCCACCCUUAAGAGUCUGUCUACUGGUAGCUGAUCGAGGGUUUCAUACCCUGUGUGCCUAAUAUCGGCAUCUAGCUCAUAGAAUAAAUCAGUGCCUUCAAGGGCACCUAACUAAAAAAAAGAGUUAACUGCUACACUAGCUAACAAGAAAAAAUAAUGGCAAGUAAAAAUGUAUACAUCCAUGUAGCGGAUGGUAUUACGGCUGUCCUAAAAGACUGUGUUAAAAAUGCAAUUUGUGUGUUUAUUUUCCUGUAUAGCUAAAAGUGUAUGUAGUAUUCGUAUGAUUGUUCGGUAGUUUUCAUCCGUAUUCCAUACGAAUGAAAACUACCAAACCAGUAGACCACCCCAGAGAGGAGUGUGCGCCUUAUUAGGCUUUCACACUUCUCUAACCGCAGGUUAAUUGGUACGAUCGGUACUUUGUGCAUGUAUCUGGGUGGCCGCCGUUCGGCAUACAAACACGUGGCGGCAGCCAUCUUACGACUCGAAAACAUCAGCGGUGUUUGGUCGUCGAGUGUCUGGAACUCAAAUCGGACACUCAAUUACCCGAACACCGCUGAGACCUCCAGAGCUCCGUAACUUCCAAACGGAAGGGCUAAUCAGCCCCUCGUUCGGUGAGUUAAAAGUACCGAAUAAGGGUAAUCAUGCGAAUACAGUUUUAAUAGUGGAUGUCAUGUAUUUCUGUGUAUUUUACCUCCCGAACGGAGACCGACCGCAGGGCCAAAACACAUGGAACCCUUUUCGGCUACCAUCUCGUGUGCGGUUGGUCAAAUUGCCUCUUCCACAUAACUCCCGAACCCCUGGUCUGAUCUGGGUGAAUUUUGGAUAUGUUGGUCACCCAGAUCAGGGCUACCAGGGGGUGCCACUUAGCUCAUUGCACCUAACUGUUUUGGGGUACAUCCAGAAUUCGGGGAAAACUACAGUAUGUUUAAUGGGAUUACGUGUCACACUGAGGGGAGGAGAUGUGUGGGAGGUAACUGUUACAUUAUUGGCUACUGUCUUAAUUAUGGUGAAUCCCUCCCUUGCAUGGGAGAAUGCUUUAAAAGGAGGUUGUGUGGAUUAAAAGUCAGUUCUGCUCCUGAUGCUGUGUGUCGUCCAGUCAUUGGGAUUGAUGUUGGGAUAUUGUUGGAUUGUUUUACCUGCUGGAAUUAUUGCCUUAUGGAUUUAUAAUACUUGUUCCUGAGCCUCACUGGGAUCCGCUACAGUCCGGUUACAGACCAGGAGGCAAAAAUUGCCCAAAAUAUAUCGGGGGUCUGACCGUUCUGUAGAUUACGGUAGCAAGUUGCAGACUACCAAGGGUUUAAUAGCCCAAUUUCUUUCAGGAAUCUGACCUUCAGCUGCACUGUCAAGCUGCUCGUAGGAGCCCCUGGGUUAGAGUUAGGGGAGGGUUGGUUUAGGGUUAGGAUAGGGAUAGGGCUGUUAGGGCAGGGUUGAGUUAGGGUUGGAUUAGGGUUAGGAUAGGGUUAAAAUUAGGUUAGGGUUGGUUUAGGGUGGGGGUAUGGUUAGGGUUGGGUUAGGGUAGGGUAGGGUUAGGGUACGGGGUGGGGUUAGAGUUAGGUUAGGGUAGGGUUGGGGUGUGGGGUAGGGUUGGGUCAGGGUAUGAUUAGAGUUAGGUUAGGGUAGGGUUGGCUUAGGGUUAGGGUAGGGUUAUGGGCUAGGAUAGGGUUAGGAUUAAGGUAGGAUUAGGGAAGGGUUAGGGUUAAGAUAAGGUCAGAGUAGGGUUAGGGUUAGGGAGCCCUACAGAUUUUCAGAAUUACUGAAGUCCCGACUUGCUGAAGACCCGAAUUGCCUAAGUGCUGAACACAACUGAAGUCCCGAAUUUCAGAAGUGCCGAACAAAACCGAAGUCCCGAAUUGCCGAGGUGUCGAAUUUUUUGUCUUACCCGAAUUUCUGGACCAAACCGAAUUUUUCAAUGUGAAAAAACAGAAAAUUAAGCCUUAUAUUUGACCCUGUAACUUUCAAAAACACUAUAAAACCUUUACAUGGGGAGUACUGUUAUAGUCGCGAAAUUUCACUGAACACAAAUAGUGUUUCAAAACAGUAAAAUGUAUCACAACAAUGAUAUCAUCAGUGAAAGUGCUGUUUGUAUGUGAAAAAUUCAAAAAAUGUCACUUUCACUGACAAUAUCAUCGAUCACCCGACGGCCCAGGAGUGAGGGGGGGUUUGAGCUUCCAGGGUUUAAAUGUGCCGCGGACGUCGUUAAUGACCGUUUUUUGCCUGACGUACCCUGUACGUCUGUGGUCACUAAGGGGUUAAACAAGAUCCGAAAAUAUGAUAGCGUAAAGUGAAAAAAAGGAGAGCAGGAGAAAGUGUUUUGUUGUAAUAAUCAACAAGUAUGAAGGGUAUUGAGAAAUCCCUACAAGGGUAUAAAAAUUCCCUAUAUAAAAUCUAAGUGUGCUGCAUACACAAAACAAUAUGUCUAGCCUUAGAAGGGCAAAACCUCCAAGGUGCUCAGGAUAUCAGUUACACAGCAGGCAGCAUACAGAACGUGUAGCCUGUGUAGGACAGUAGGUGAAAAGAUAGUCAGAGAUAGGUAAUAGCCAGUGGUGUUCUCAGAUAGUGUAGUGGGAGUAGACGUGCAUCUAGUCGAAUGGAGGUGUAACCCCACAGCAAAACCAAUGACAACCAAACCCAACUCCUAAACCCUCUGUAGCUAGCAGGCAAUCCAGAGAAAUGGCUAAAGCUAUCCAACCUAAUCACCUUAUGCUAUCUGCUGCUUCAUGGCAGCUAAAAGAUCCUAUGUAGCUUGCCCUGCGUGUUUAAUAUAAAGAGCUGCAGCUAACACAAAUGGAUAGACAAACUAUUCUCCCCUCAAUAGAAACGUGAACUAAAAGAAUAAGUGCAUCGGCACACUAAGUAGAUCAACGCGCAUUUCGGCAGUAAAUCCUGCCUUGUGUCAAGAGCAAAAACCUUUAACUUUAGGAUCUUGUUUAAAUAAAGUUUAUUAUUUUUAUUAUCUUUUGUUGUUUUGCCAUUGUUUUUGAAUGAUUAUUCAAGGAUUUUUUUAAAGGAUGGUUUCUAUCUUUGUUAGGCAGAUUCCUUUACCUUAUUUGUAUUAUUUUUCAAAAUUCUAGAUAAUUACCUUUAGAGAGAAAGAGACCACAGUCAGGGAGUGUUAUUUUUAUGAAUUCAAUUUUUUGUAUUGAUUCAUUUGAUACCUAGGUCUCCUUGUUGCAUGCAAUUCAUUUUAUAUCAUUUAUCACACAGGGAACCAUAAUCCUUCCAAAUCUUUCCUCUGUUCUGUAUGACCCUGAGCAAUGGAAGUCACCCAGAGAGUUCAGCCCGCAACACUUUCUGCAAGAAAAUGGAACAUUUGAAACCAAGGAGGCCUUCUUGCCAUUCUCAUCAGGUGAGAAGACAUACACCUCUAACCAAAUACACAAACCAAUGUGUGUAAUCUGUAAAAGUAACACAUUUCCCUGGUCCUAACAUACAGCCUAUACAGAAAUAUCGAUGGGGAUACAGCUAGUCCUGUGAACUCUAACACAAAAAAAUAGAUGUCCCUACAAGAUUUUAAUUAGUAAAACAAUGACUUGUGAUAAUUUCGUGUGUGAUACAGGAUUAAGUCAAAUUCCUACAUUUAAUGGCAAGAUUCAAUAUAGUAAAUAUAAUAGUAUUAAACAAAAACAAGUAGAAUUUACAGAUCCAUAAUUACUCUAGAAGAAAAUAGUUACAUAGUUACAUAGGCUGAAAAGAGACUUGCGUCCAUCAAGUUCAGCCUUCCUCACAAAUGUUGUUGCUGUUGAUCCAAAAGAAGGCAAAAAAUCUAGUCUGAAGCGCUUCCAAUUUUGCCACAAACUAGGAAAAAAUCCUUCUUGACCCCAAAAUAGCAGUCAGAUGUCUCCUUGGAUCAAGCAGCUAUUACCUCACUAAUUAGAAAUUAUAUCCCUGUAUGUUAUGUUUUUGUAAGUAUUUAUCCAAUUUCAGUUUAAACCUCUGUAUGGACUCUGACAAAACCACCUCUUCAGGCAGAGAAUUCCAUAUCCUUAUUGUUCUUACCUUAAAAAAACCUUUUCUUUGCCUUAGAGGAAAUCUCCAUUCUUCCAGCCUAAAUGUGUGACCUCGUGUCCUAUGUAUAGCCCUGUUUAUGAAUAGAUUUCCAGAUAAAGGUUUAUACUGGCCACAAAUAUAUUUGUAUAAAGUUAUCAUAUCCCCUCUCAGCCGCCGUUUUUCCAAACUAAACAGAUUUCAUUUUUUUAACCUUUCUACAUAACUAAAAUGCUCCAUUCCUUUGAUCAAUUUUGUAGCUCGUCUCUGGACCCUCUCCAGUGUCAUGAUAUCCUUCUUUAGAAUAGGCGCCCAAAAUUGCACAGCAUAUUCAAGGUGUGGUCUUACCAGCGAUUUAUAAAGAGGCAAAAUUAUAUUUUCAUCCCGAGAAUUUAUGCCCCUAUUUAUACAUGACAAAACCUUACUGGCCUUAGCAACUGCAGAUUGACAUUUUAAUAUGAUGUCUAAAUACAAUAAAGUGCAAAAUAUAGAUAGUAAAAAUAUUGAUAAAAAUUUAAUAAAAACACAAAACAAAAAAAUUUGUUAAUACAUACAUUUAUACAAUUAUUACUAUUAAAAAAAAAAAAAUUUGUAUAUUAUUACAUCUCAAAUAUAUGGAGUGUAAUUAUUUGUAGAAUUUAAGACAAGCUCAAGCUAAAAAAAAAGUAAAUUCAGAAAGUCUGCAAAAUGCAUGAAAUUCCUUAUUUCUGCCACUAUAAAAACACAACAUUGGGGUAUGUAUAAUCUAUGUUUAGAGUGUUGUGUUUUGUAAAGUGGUACGGAGAUGUAAAGGUGAGGAGAAACCAAUGAAAAAAAUGACCUCCUUGUUCUACUGGUCUUCGCAGUAAAUAACAUGUGCAAUAAAUAUGCUAUACAGUAACAAUCUCGUACUUAACUAGAAUUGCGUUGAUUAUCCGUGUUCUUGGUUAAUUAGUGGCUCUUGUCUCCUAGGACAACGGGCAUGCUUGGGAGAGCAUCUGGCCAAGAUAGAACUAUUCCUUUUCUUCUCCAACCUACUGAGGACAUUUAGCUUUCAGAUUCCUGAAGGAGAAUGCUAUCCUAGACUGGACUAUGUCCAAGCAGCAACUCUCCAGCCUUACCCAUAUCGGGUCCGUGCUGUAUUGCGCUAA